UUCAAACAGACCCGGGAAAAAGAACCAGAGGAUCACGACAUCAACAAAACCGGAGCCAUUAACCGUCUGUCCACCAUGGGUCAGGAGUUUCACGUCGUCAGGUGUUUUACCUGUCAGAGCUUCCAGGUGCAGCAGGUGAAGAAGGCGAACAAGUGGAGCUGUAAACUGUGUGGAGCCAAACAGUCGCUGCUGAAGGAGUUUGGGCGGGGCUCCGGGGCCGACUGCAGACGUCACGUUCAAAAACUAAAUGCCAUGAGAGGCGCCAUGAUGGAGGAGCAGGAGCAACACGCCUGGUCGCUAUGGAAGCAGGAGGAGGUGGACGGAGAGGAUGAACCCGAGGAGCAGGACCAGGUGAAUCAGACUCAGGUGAGCCGUUGGAGCAAAUACCUGGAUGCGUCAAAGGAGGUGGAGCCGGAGGAGGAGGAGGAAGAGGAGAAUGUUUUGAUGGACAGGCAGCAGCUCCAUGGCAACAGCAUGAUUGACAGGAAGAGAAAGAGAGGAGAAGGAUGGACAGAUGGAGGAGGACAGGACAGCCGGACACCUGACGAGUCAAACUGGUCCAGUGGGCUGAUAAAACCUGGUAGAACUCCUGUCACAACCAACAGUCCAGACCACACCAGUCUGACCCACACCAGAACCACCGGCCUAAACCACAGGAGUCCUCCCAGGAAGCAGAGCGUUCAUCCUCCCAGAGUGAACACCGGUCUGGCCUCCAGGUGGACUCGUUUCCUCAGCUCUGACUGUCAGGCGGUGGAAGGGGAGGACCCUCAGGUCAGUGGGCGGAGUCAGACAGUGGGCUCUGCUGCACCUCCUUCCUGUAAUGACAUUGUCAAUAACACAAGGCCCCGCCCCCCACUUCCUGUUCCCUCUCUGUUUGAGAGCGGAGAGGACUUUAACUUUGACGAGUUUUAAACAAACUGAACAUUAAUUAUUUUUCUGUCAUUUGACCAAUCAAGUGAUCAACCAAUC